UUCGGGGUUGGGUUUAUCGGCGGACUCAAGAUGGCGACUCUGGCAAAAGCGCCAACAUAUUUACAGAAGUAAACGUCCAUAACUAAGUGAGGUAGUAGGUUCCCCCGAGCGCUUUGGGGCUUUUGUGAGACAUGAAGACCCGGAGCAUGACUUCGAAGUGGAACUGACCGGAAUUUGUACCGUAACAAACCCCGGAGAGAUGUGCGAGAGCUAUGCCCGCUCGCUGCUGCGUGUGUCGGUGGCGCAGAUCUGCCAGGCUCUGGGCUGGGAUGCGGUUCAGCUCACAGCGAGCGAUCUGCUGUCCGAUGUGCUGCACAGGUACAUCCAGCAGCUGGCCAGGGUUUGCCACCGGUACUCUGAGCUGUACGGAAGAACAGAUCCAGUGCUGGAUGAUGUCAGCCAGGCCUUCAGGUUGAUGGGGGUCAAUCUGAGCGAGCUUGAGGACUACGUCCACAACCUGGAGCCGGUGGCCUUCACUCAUCAGACGCCUCUGUUUCCUGUCAGCAAGAACAAUGUUCUGCAGUUUCCUCAGCUGGGACUGAGAGAUGUAGAGGAACGAAAGGAUUAUAUUCCAGAUUACAUGCCACCCCUGGUCUCCCUGCAGGAAGAAGAAGAGGAGGAAGAGGUUCCUCCAGACAUGGGCACUUCAGCUGAAGCGAUGCAGGUGGCUUUGGAGGAGGAAGAGGAGGAAGUAGAUGAAGACGAGACUGUCAAUGAUGAAAAUCAUCCACUAAAGAGACACUUGGACAGUCCCGAUGCAGCUUUGGGCAUGAUGCCCACCUCCAAGAGGCCACGCCUGUACCCCGGCCUCAGCCCAGAAUGGGGCGUGGAGCCCAGGGAGCCCCUCACAUCCCUUAACCCACAGCGUGUUCCUCCUGGCAUCCUUCCCUCUCAUGACAGCCUCGACCCCCUGUCACCUGAAAUGCCAUCGAUACCCCUUCCUUCGUUCAGACCUCAGCCGAUAAUACCCAAACUCCCUGAUCAGAAGGGUCUCCUCACUCCUGUAAGAAAGCCGAAGGUUUCCUCCCCUGGCAGACAACGGACUAAGUCCCCAAAAGGGGUCAUUCCAGUUCCAGCAGUCAGCAGUCCCAUUCAUUCUCCAAAGCCGUCUAAGGAAAGGAAGAAGUCUCCAGGCAAGAUGAAGAGUCCUAAAAGCCCCAAGAGCCCAAAGAUGAGUUUAGCUAAAACACCCCAACCUCAGAGCAAAGCAGAUGUUUUGCACAAGUUCCCACUGUCUGCGCUGAGCGAGAGGAUGGGCAAAGAAAACAUUCACAUGCGUCUGGGUCUGGAGGACCGGGAGUUGUUCAAAGGCCCGUUUGAAAAGCCCGAGCCUGAAAACAAGGCCAUCGAUGACUCUAUUGAUGCCGUGAUAGCGAAGGCGUGCGCCGAGAGGGAACCUGAUCCGUUUGCUUUCUCCUCUGGCUCUGACUCGGACAGCAAUGGGUUCUCCAGCCCCAGGAGGCUGACCAUAUUGGAGCCGUCUACACCCAAAGCUCCCUUAGGAGUGGGCAACUUGUUUAAAGACACAUCUACACCUCUUCAUCUUCAUCUUCAUCCGCACCUGGGCCUCGGCAAUUGGACGAUGGAUGAUUCAAUUAACGAGGUGGUCCGGAAGGCCAACCAGGUGGGUCCGCCCGCACCCCCUCAGAGUCAAGCCACCUACGUAUCGUCGGGAUCAGCCUCGCCUCCGACUCCGGAGCCCCUGCUGAAGGUGUUUGAGGAGAAGAUCAAGAUGGUGUCACCGUUAGACGUGAAGAAGAAGCUGAAAAAGGAGCUGAAAACUAAAAUGAAGAAGAAGGACAAAGAAAAAGCAAAAGACAAAGAUCGGGAGAAGGAUAAGAGCAAGCUGAAAGAGAAGAACAAGGAUAAGAACAGGGACAAAAGCAAAGAGUCUUCCAAGGAUGUCAAGAUGCCCUGGAAGGAGUUUGGCCUGAAGGACGAAGAGCUCUUUGCUCAGCAUGACUUUAUUCUGCCGGAGGGCUCCAUCAAAAUCAAAUCAAGAGAUGGAGACGGCCCAAAGAAGGAGAAGGAGAAACACAAAGACAAAAAGAAGGAUAAAGAAAAGAGUAAAAAGGACAAAGAUAAGAAGGACAAGGGUAAAGACAGGAACAAGGAGGACAAACAGAAACCGUCUGUGAUGCCUCCGUUUGGUCUGAGUGAAAUCCCGCCGCUCUUCAGCCCUUCGACCUGCCACCGUGUGCCCUCCAUGCUGCCGCCGCUGGCACCCAUCCUCCACGAGAAGGAGGGCAAGAGCAAGGACAAGGAGAAGAAGAAGGAAAAGAAGGAGAAGAAGAAAAAGAAAGACAAGGACAAGGAGCGAGAUAAGGCUAAAGAAAAGGAGAGGGAGAAGGAAGAGAAGAGGAAAGAGAAAGAGAUGGAAAAGGAAAAACGAGAGAAAGACAAAGAAAAAGAGCGGAUUCGAUUGGAAAAGAUCAAACUGGAAACUGCAGCUGCCUUACCAUCUCCAGUCAUCCCCAGGCUGACCCUCAGGGUGGGGGCCGGCCAGGACAAAAUAGUUAUCAGCAAGGUGGUUCCGAACUCCGAGUCCAGGACUCCUGGACCCAGGACUCCUGCUACCAAGUCGGCUCCUGGGAUCCGUCCUCGGACCCCCCUGCCUCCGCCGAUUCUCGCUCCGGUCGCUCCGUCUCUGCCUCUUCCUGCCUCCCCGCUCCCACCUGCUCCUCCCCCAGCAUUGUCACUGCUCCCCCCUCCCCCCAUGCUGCCUCCUGCCGUCUCCACCAAGACGCCGGUCCGCAGCGUCGUCACUGAGACCGUCAGCACUUACGUGAUUCGAGAUGAAUGGGGAAACCAAAUCUGGAUUUGUCCCGGAUGCAACAAACCCGACGACGGCAGUCCCAUGAUUGGGUGUGAGGGCGAAGGCUGCGACGACUGGUAUCACUGGCCUUGUGUUGGAAUUCUGACUCCGCCUCCUGAGGACCAGCAGUGGUUCUGCGUGAAAUGUUCCGGCAAGAAGAAGGACAAAAAACACAAGAAGAAGAAACACAAACCACACUGACACUAUGCAACAACUAAUCUCCAUAUUUCAGACUCUUGACUGAAGCCAUCGCUGAUCGCACACAGCUGUAUAAAUCAGACAGGAAGUCAAACCCUGGGCUGACUUUAGCUUUUGGUCGUUUGGUUUGAAUAAUGUCAGCCUUUAUGCAAUGCGAGUUGGUACGGAUAACAAAAUGUUUGGGUUCAGCUCAGCAGAGGGAGAACAUGACAGGCUUGAUCAAAUCAGAGGUCAGCCGUGUGACGACGCAGAGGAGGGAGCAGCGACCGCGUCUUUCUGUUCGCUUCAUGUCGCCAAACUACGACGCACCCGAACCCCGGCUCCGGUUCUCUGCAGCGUCAUCGAAGCGUUCCCGAAGAUCAGGCGUGUAUAAAUAUGUAAAUACCAACUCAAGCCAAGUGCAUUAUGUUCUUAUUAGGAUUCUUGACUUGUUUGAUCCACUUUCACACGUUGCUUUUUAAAAUCAGUCGAUUAUUUCUUGUAAUUUCUGUACAUUUUUUUUAAAUUUAAAAAUAAUUGUAUUUUUAUUUUUCCUCACAUGGAUUUAUCCGGGAGUUAUACUGUAGCUGUGCUUGUAAUUCAUUUUGCUGAUAUUUCAAUAUUAAAG